CGUCGGUCAGACCAAAGGCUCGUUCAGCCUGCUGCUCAAUGCUCCAAACCCUGAUUUGACUCUCUCUUCUGUCUGACAAUUGUGAAUCGCGACUCAUAUCUCUCACAUCGACCCUUGCUUGAUUGGAAACCCACCGAACGUUCCGUCACACCUCGCUGCUGCUGCUGCUGCUGCACAUCUCAUCAGCCUUCUUGCACACCACCACGCACGCCAUACAGGAACUCGUCCAUCACAAACAUCACCAUUCUUGCUACGACCCAUCGCCACACUCUUUCUUUUCCUCCCUUCCCCUGACCUCCUCAUCCCUUCAGACACCAUGUCUACCACCUCUGUAGACACUCUCGUUAUCGGCGCAGGUCCCACCGGCCUCGGUGCGGCCAAGCGUCUCAACCAGCUCAACCAAGGCACAUGGGCUCUGAUCGACUCUUCUGAAGAAGCGGGAGGUCUCGCAUCGACCGACGUGACUCAGGAAGGCUUCCUCUUCGACGUCGGUGGUCACGUCAUCUUCUCGCACUACACUUACUUUGAUGAUGUCAUCCACGAGGCCCUGCCAAAGGACAGUGACUGGUACGAGCACCAGCGUGUCUCGUACGUUCGCUCAAAGAACGUUUGGGUGCCUUACCCUUACCAAAACAACAUCAGCGUUCUGCCAGUCGAGGAUCAAGUCAAGGCUAUUGAAGGCAUGAUCGACGCUGCCGAGGUGCGCAUUCGCGCCAAGGACGCUCCCAAGGACUUCGACGAGUGGAUUCUGCGUCAAAUGGGUGAGGGUAUUGCAAACCUCUUCAUGAGGCCUUACAACUUCAAGGUGUGGGCCGUUCCCACUACCCACAUGCAGUGCAAGUGGUUGGGCGAGCGUGUUGCUGCACCAUCUCUCAAGGUUGUUGUUUCCAACACCAUCAACAAAAAGGUUGCUGGAGGGUGGGGACCAAACGCCACCUUCAAAUUCCCUGCUGAGGGUGGCACAGGUGGUAUCUGGAAGGCGGUUGCCAAGACGCUUCCCAAGGAGAAGCUCAUUUUCAAAAAGCGGGUUGAGAAGGUCGAUGCUGCCGGACACAGCGUCAAGCUCAACGAUGGCAGCUCGAUCAAGUACAAGAACCUGAUCACCACGAUGGGCGCAGAUUACCUCAUUGACAACCUUGACGGUGCCGACCCCGCUGACGUCAAGCAGCUCAAGGAGGCCAAGGAGGACUUGGUUUACUCGAGCACUCACGUUAUCGGAAUUGGAAUCCGCGGCGAGCUUCCUCCUCGCAUCGGCGACAAAUGCUGGCUCUACUUCCCCGAGGACGACUGUCCUUUCUACCGGGCUACCAUUUUCUCCAACUACAGCCCCAACAAUUGCCCUCAAGCCGAUGCCAAGCUGCCUACCUUGCAGUACGCCGAUGUCAGCAAGGGCAAGCCCACGGACAACUCUCCCAAGUCAGGCCCCUACUGGUCUCUUAUGAUGGAAGUGUCGGAGUCUCACCUGAAGCCAGUCGAUGCCCAAAAAAUCCUCGCUGAGACUGUGCAGGGAUGCGUCAACACGCAGCUGAUGCAGCCAACCGACGAGAUCGUCUCGCUCUACCACCGCAAGUUUACCCCAGGCUACCCGACCCCAAGCUUGAAGCGAGACGCUGCCUUGGCAAAGAUCUUGCCUGUGCUUUCGGACAAGUACAACAUCUUCAGCAGAGGCCGCUUUGGCAGUUGGAAGUACGAGGUUGGAAACCAGGAUCACUCGUUCAUGCUUGGUGUGGAAGCUGUGGACAGAGCGCUUUACGGAUCUCCCGAGCUCACGCUCGACAGCCCAGACUAUGUGAAUGGGCGCAGAAACACCGAGCGCAGGCUCACCAAGGCUUGAGUCGCGCUUGACAUCGGCCGGUCGGUCUACCCUUAGGCUCAGCUUGGUCGAAGUCUCGAACCCGCUUGGUACUGCGAUGCGCCUCUAGUCACCCUGCUCACUCAUCUCGAGCUCACACGGAGCAUCAUUUUGCGUUAACACGUCCAAUCACACACUUGAACUCAAUUAGAUGCUUCCACUCACAGA